AAGAGGCGAUUCGAAUCCAAUCGAUUCGUCUAGUACGCUCUUCCAUCCUCCGCAGCCUUAAUCACUUUCACCAUGAACUUCCUUCGCAGCGCAACAUCGACUCUCCGCCCCAGUAGCCACAUUCUCACCCGCCGUGCAGCUCUCCCUGCCACGACCUUUGCUGUGCGCCACCUUUCCGACUCUACCAAGAAGACCAUCGAGGAUGCCAUUGCCCAAAACAAGCUGGUUGUCUUCAUGAAGGGAACCCCUGAUGCCCCUCAGUGCGGAUUCAGUCGUGCUGUCAUGCAGAUCCUCACUGUCCAAGGAGUUGACAUGCAAAACUCGUUGAAGAGCUUCAACAUUCUAGCCGACGAGGAGCUUCGCAGCGGUAUCAAGGAGUUUUCAUCGUGGCCCACUAUUCCCCAGGUAUACAUCAAUGGCGAGUUCGUCGGAGGAUGCGACAUCAUGCUCAACAUGCACCAGUCUGGCGAGCUCGAGAAGCUAUUGCUCAAGGAGGGCUUGGUCGAGCCCGAGCCCGAGGAGAACCCCCGCGCAUAGAUACACUUGCAUGCAGAUCACUGGCGAGAGAGCACGAAUAAACAAUCAGAUUUUCAGUAUUGCUAUCU